AUGACAAGAUUGAGAAAAGCAACAGCAAAGGAGGGGAAAAGAAGAAGUCCUCGAAUAUCUGAAUUGAUGAGGCCGUCAGGGGCCAAAUCCCAUGGUGUUCAGAACAAUCGAACCACAAACAAGAGAAAAUUUCAAGAGUUCAUGGCCUCAGAACAGGUUGAGGAACAUUCUCACGACCAUCAACAUGUCAAAAAGAAAAGUGAUCAACAAAUUAAGGUGACAUCUUCUGUUUAUGUUCCGGAGAAACGAAUACUUGAACUUGUCCUUGACACUUUACAAAGGUGUUUGAUUGGUGUUGAGGACUAUUACACUAUAAUUGAAGAGCCUAUGGAUUUUGGCACAAUGAGGGCUAAACUACAUGAAGGGAUGUAUAAGAGUCUAGAACAAUUUGAGCACGAUGUAUUUUUAAUAUUCAACAAUGCAAUGCAUUUUAAUUCUUCUGGUACCAUAUAUUUCAGACAGGCUCGUGCUAUAAAAGAACUAGCUAGGAAAGUGUUUGAUGUAUUAAAAAGCAGCCCAGAGAAGUUUGAAUUGGAGUUCUCAGAAACGAAGCGAAAAGUUGUUGGUCGGAGAAACCAAGGAGGUUUUAGCAGGGAUUCAACAACAACUACAGACAUGAAAUCCAUAAUCUCAAUUCAACACACACGAAAAGUUGUUAUGUCUAUGCAUGAUGAUGAAGGCAGAGAUAAUCUUGAGGUUCCUAUAGGAGGCUCUAAAGAGGGCAAUGGAUAUAAAACUAUGGUGGAUGACAAGCGUUGUACUUAUAAGCCUUUGUCUUUUACUAAGGAUGAUUCAAUAUUUACCACAGUUUAUGGUAAAUUGAACCAACUUGAGCGUGUUAAUAAGCGAGAUGUUGGGUAUAAAGAUAGCUUGAUGCUGUUCACUAAAGAUUUAGGACCUACGGCCAAAAACAUAGCGAAAAGAAAAAUACUUGAAUGUGAAGUUCGUAGUGCAGCAUUUGAAGACGCAUGUCGAUCAGAUUCUAAUGGCAAUGCAAGAAGAGGUCCCUUUCUUUCUACUACUCAAGUAGGGAAGAAGAAUCAAGGGCUUAUUCCGUUUAAUACCAAUCCUCAUCAUUUUGAUCUACGCCAUUUCCUCUGCAAUCGCAGUUUUCAGCACUAA